AUGUUCGACGACCUGUAUGAGCAGGAGGACGAUGGCGCCGAGAUGCCCAAGGCCGCUGACUUCGAUGGCGCUGGCCUCUAUGAGGAGGAAUUCGACUUGGAUGAUGACGAGGUCUUCGACUUCGGAGACGAGAUAGGCCAUGCGGGCCCUGCGGCUGUUUUCGAUGGCGCGACUUCACAAACGUCGCAGACAUCAAGGAUGGCCAUGUCAACAAAGUCUUCGAGACGGCGAGGUUCCCGCGGCUCGAGCCGCGGUCCUUCCUCGGAGACGAAGAAAUGGAGGUCCGGACAUAUUCCUAGUCCUCCCAGCUUAGCAGGCAACAUCGAAGAAGCUUGGCGAGGGCCUUUCACUCCUGGACAGAAGAUUGCAUACUGGCGUUUGAGGAACGCUGCUGAUGCUGAAGGAGGCAUGCCAGGCUACAGGCAGAGCAUCAUUCUUGCUUCUGAUCCUGGACCCACUGGUUCAAUUUGGGUCAGAAAUGACCGUGGCAGAAUUGUUCAGGUGUCACGGGAGCAACUGCGACAUCUACAUGGAGAAGAAGCCUGGAUUCCUAUGAAGACUUCGCUUUGCUUCGCACUGCCGAAGAAGACCUUCAGAACAAGCAUGGUGUGGGACAACACGACCUUCGAGGUGUUCUACCUGCACCAGCUCAAGUACCUGACCUACCACAACUUCCCGCUGGAGGAGCUCUACUACCUCUACCGGAUGCACCUGGUGGAGCAAGAGGUGUUAGUUCCGGACGCUGGCGCCGCAUGUUUGGAUGCUAGAGGGAAUCCUUUGGAGCCCACUCCGCUGACACCUGCGAUGGCACCUGUUCCCGAGGACAUGGACACUACCUCGGUACCGGCGUCAAUGAGAAGGAGCAUAGAGGGCAAUGAAUCAGAAGCAAAGAGACUCAGAACAUCCACCUCAUCUAUGCCACCAACUCCUUCUUUGUCACGCAGGACUUCUUUGACUACCCCAUUUCCCCAAGCUGAAGCUCUGGCAAGACAGAUUUCAGUUCGGACUCAAGCCUCAGCCGCGAUGCAACCAGUUCCUGAGCACAACUGGGAAGAGAAGCCAGCAGCAGCUGAAGUUCGUAAUGAUGCAGCAGCACCAGCUCCUGAAGGCAAUGAGGCAACAGAUGAGAAUUUGAACAUUGCGUUGGACCGGGACAAGACCGUCUUUGCGAUGUCGAAGGUGUCCGUGGAGGAGACGGUGGAGACCAUGAUGAGCGUCACGAGUUUCAUCUUCUGCUCGGUCUCGAUGAUUGUCUUCAACAAGUUGGUGAUCACGGCCUUCCCCUUCGAAAGCACGCUGACUGCCUUGCAGAUGGCCUUUACGGUGCUCGUGCUCUUGGCCGCCUUUCCCUUCUUGCACAUCGGCUCCUUCCGCGAUGCGCUGCGCUGGUCCCUGGUGGCGCCCUGCUUCGCCGGCGGCCUCUUGACGGCGAUGCUGGCGCUGAAGCACUGCACCUUGACCUUGGUGAUCGUGGUCCGCGCCUUGACGCCGAUCUUCACCCUGCUCGCCGAGAGCUUCAACAACGGCUGCAAGGUCAACCGACAGGAGCUCCUCUCGAUCCUCAUCGCAGUCCUAGGUGCCUUGCUAUAUACCAAAGAGUUGGGCUUUGAACACCUGGUCGGUGUGGGAUGGAUCUUCGUGAACACGUGCUUCUCCGUGCUGCUGCGCCUGCUGCAGCGCCGGAUGCUGGCGGCGGAUCAGGAUCCGGUGGAUAUCUCCAAGGGCGGAUGCUCGUUGAUCAACAACGCCAUGGGGCUACUUCCACUGCUCGCCACGGCCUACAUCACAGGAGAAUUUGAAGAGGCGCCCAAUCAACUGGCAUUGUUAAGUAGCCAGGAGUUGAUCUUCAUGGGCAUCAGUUGUGUGGUCGCAGCAGCCAUUAGCUAUGCCAACAUUUGGUGCCAAAGCCUGAUUAGUGCCACCAGCAUGCUGAUCCUCGUCAACCUCACCAGGUUCUUGGUCAUCUUGCUGGAUGCCACGCUGCUGCACACGGACCGUCUCUCCACGUUGCAACUCCUGGGCGCCUUGAUCACCGUGCUGGGAGGCGCCCUUCGGUUCACGAACGCCGCGGCGGUCACGGUCACGGUGACAUUCGGCGCGGUGCACCCCGUGACGAGCACGGUGUCUUCGUACAUGGCAUGGCAUUGGCGAUGCCUGACUCACAACCAAAGGAGGAGCCUGCAGCAGCUUCCUACGCUCCUGCGAAGACAUCGCAAGAGCCAUGACUGUUCGAAGUAA